ACAAGUGUGAGCACUUGGCUUUAUGGCUCGAGGGGUUUUCUUGGUGGGUGCAUGGGUUUUUCGUGUUUUGCUGGAACUGCUUAUUGACCAGUGUCUGUUCUCCUUUCUCUUCUAUCCAUUGCCCCAUGAUGGAUUUUGGUGCCUCGCCUGUGUGGUUGGCCCGGCUGUCUCAUCUCUGGCAUCAUCAUGACAACAGAAAAGAGCCCAGCAGCCGACGCUGACAACUCGGAGCAGCAACAAGCCAAGGAGGAGGAAGGAGCUGCUGAAACACAGAAGCAAGAGGCUUCCCUGGAGGAAGGGGCUCAGCCAACGCCGGAGAGGCAGCCCCAGAGGCAGAAGGCCUCCAACGGAGACACCCCCACGCACGAGGAGCAGAGCAAGAAAGAACGUCGCACCUCCGAGGGCCGGGGUCUCUCCCGCCUCUUCUCCUCCUUCCUCAGGAGGCCCAAGUCUCAGGUGUCCGAAGAGGACAAAGACACUGAUGCUCCUAAAGAAGUGGGAGGUGACCAGAAAGAUGCAGGAUUAGGAGCCAGCCCUGAUGAAGACAUCCUGGUGAAAGCCCCAAUUGCAGCUCCUGAGCCUGAGCUCAAAACUGACCCAUCACUGGAUCUUCAUUCCUUGAGCAGUGCAGAAACGCAGCCUGCUCAGGAGGAGAGGAGGGACGACCAGGAGCCAGAGGGAAGAGACUUCGAGGACAGGGAAGAAGGGGAAGCAAAGGAGGAGGGUGCCAAGCCAGAACCAAAGCCAGAGUCUCCAGAGACCAAAGCACACAAGGAUUUGAAAGCUGCCCAAAAAGCAGUGAAGAGACACAGAAACAUGUACUGCAAAGUCGUUUUGCUGGAUGACACCAUUUUUGAGUGUUCUGUGGAUAAACACGCCAAGGGACAGGAUGUUCUUAAAAAAGUCUGCGACCACCUCAAUCUGCUGGAAGAAGACUACUUUGGUUUGGCCAUAUGGGACACACCAACCUCCAGGACGUGGCUGGAUCCUGCCAAAGAAAUAAAAAAGCAGGUUCAUGGAGGCCCCUGGGAUUUUACCUUCAAUGUCAAGUUUUAUCCGCCGGAUCCUGCCCAGCUGACAGAGGACAUCACCAGGUAUUACCUGUGUCUGCAACUUAGACAGGACAUCCUUACAGGGCGGCUGCCCUGCUCCUUUGCCACCUUGGCCCUGCUGGGUUCCUACACGGUCCAGUCAGAGUUGGGAGACUAUGAUCCUGAUCUCCAUGGUCCAGAUUACAUCAGUGAGUUCAAACUGGCCCCAAACCAGACAAAAGAGCUUGAAGAAAAGGUUAUGGAGCUUCAUAAAACAUACAGAUCCAUGACUCCAGCCCAAGCAGACCUGGAAUUUCUUGAGAAUGCAAAAAAGCUGUCUAUGUAUGGAGUCGACCUUCACCAAGCCAAGGACUUGGAAGGAGUGGAUAUCACUCUGGGAGUCUGUUCCAGUGGCCUUCUUGUUUACAAAGAUAAACUGAGAAUCAACCGCUUCCCGUGGCCCAAAGUCCUGAAGAUUUCCUACAAACGCAGCAGCUUCUUCAUAAAGAUUCGGCCGGGGGAGCAAGAACAGUAUGAAAGUACAAUUGGGUUCAAGCUACCAAGUUACCGGGCAGCAAAGAAGCUGUGGAAAGUAUGUGUUGAACAUCACACCUUCUUCAGGCUGACUUCCACCGAGGCCAUCCCGAAGAGCAGGUUCCUGGCGCUGGGCUCCAAGUUCCGCUACAGCGGCCGGACGCAGGCGCAGACACGGCAGGCGAGUGCCCUGAUCGACCGGCCUGCGCCCCAGUUCGAGCGCACGGCCAGCAAGAGAGCGUCCAGGAGCCUCGAUGGAGCAGUGGCCGUGAUAACCCCAGAGCGGAGUCCCCGGCCCACCUCAGCCCCGGCCAUCGCUCAGAGCCACCCCGCAGAGCCAGCCCCAGCUAAGCCUGACGUGAAGGACGUGGCCACAUCUAAAGUAGGGAAGGAAACAGCAAAACUUGAUGUGAGACGUGAAGAAUUUCCACCGGAGAAAGCCAAGGAGCCAGUGGAUGCCUCAAGGGUGAGGAAAAUACACAUUGAGGUCACAGUCCCCACCACGAAUGGUGCCCAGCCCCAGCAGCCUGCAGAAAAAGAGGAAGAGCUGAUAAGAAUGAGGAAGAAGAGAUCAAAGAGGCUAGAUGGUGAAAACAUUUAUAUCAGGCAUAGCAAUUUAAUGUUGGAGGAUCUAGAUAAGACCCAGGAAGAAAUAAAGAAGCACCAUGCCAACAUCAGUGAGUUGAAGAAGAACUUCAUGGAGUCCGUCCCGGAGCCUCGGCCGAGUGAGUGGGACAAGCGUUUGUCCACUCACUCCCCUUUCCGAAGCCUCAACGUCAACGGGCAGAUUCCCACGGGAGUGGAUGGAGUCAAGAAAGUCACUGUCCCAUCUUCUGAGAGACAGACACGGGAACGGCCUCUGUUAGUACAGGAUGAAGACAAACUAAAAAAGCAGGAGAUACCUACUGAGACAGCCUUUCCCCGGCCAGCAAGUGAAGCAACUCUUCCAAAGGUUUCUAUUGCAAUCCCUGAAGAGCAGAAAUCACUCAAAAAGUGUCAGCUGUACUCUAGCAUUUUUCCUUCUCCACGUAUUCCCUUUAUGAUGUCCUUUCUCCUGGUCCUAGCACUGACUGUUUGGUGGCUGCUCUUUCUCUGAGUGGCAACAGGGUCAUGUUGAAACCUCAAGACCAAAGCUCCUGAAUUUCUUGGCUCUAGUCUCUGCUGCAACUUCCUUGUCCUGGUCUUUGAUCUUCGUAGUUCACUGUCCCAGGGAGGGACACCCUGUGACUGUCGUAUUAAUCCCACUGUAUGUCCUUGUGUGGCUGUGAUGGGACCUGGCAGGAGUGGUCAUGGAUUGCCAGGUCCGUUCUGAAAUUUCCUAUGGUGCAAAAGCAAAUUCUGUGAACUGUGCUCCCAAUUGCUGUGGGAGGCCAGAUGGAGGGAGGAAAUGAUGGGAGGAGAGUUUGUUUUCCUGAGCUUCUGUAGACUUCCCAUAGGAACUGCUGGAGAAUUGCUUUUGAGCUUGUUGUUUUAAAUGUAAGAUGUUCACAACCUGAAGAACAUUUGACACUGAUCUAAAAGGGGCUUUGCAGGAAUCUGCUGAAUCACAGAAUCCUGGAAUGGUUUGGGGUUGGAAGGGACCUUAAAGAUCAUCUCGUUCCACCCCCUGCUAUGGGCAGGGAACCUUCCACUAGACCAGGCUGCUCCAAGCCCCAUCCAACCUGGCCUUGGACAAUUCCAGGUAUGGAGAGUCCACAGCCUCAGUGGGCAACAAGAGGUCGAAUCUCUAGGAAGAACAUUGGAAUCUAAUCCAUAACCACUCAGUUUCUAGGAAACUCAGAUUGGCAUUUAAAUAAAAAGUGCUGAUUCUCACUGCUGCUCUUGGUGAUAACUUAGGGACAGGGUCAGCUUUUCAUUUCCUAGUGGAGGAAGCCUUUGACAAAGUAUCCCAGCUUCCCUCUCCAUGCCUAUUCUCACAUCCAAGAAAAUACAUAGUGUUAAAGGAGAAAACCCAUUGCAAGGAGAUAUUUAUUGUAAACCUAGAUUAAUAAUUUUUUGGGAGUCUGAUGGUCUUGGGGCACUUGGGAUGUGUUUUAUUUGAUUUGUGUGGAACUAACUGAGGCAUGUUUGCUCAGGUCACAGGGAUGGAGUUACCUGCUGUUUGAGCAUUCCCUCUGUUGGCAUGUUGGCUUGGCCACAUGGGGACACCCUUCUAAUGUUAAAACCCUUGAUAGUUUUUGACUUCUUUGACCAAACCGUUGCAUGCUGGUUGUUGUUUAUUGCCUACAAUGUAAAUGUCUGGAUGAUGCUCCCAUUUAUCCGAGUUACCCUGGCUGAGCUGUGCAGGCUCCAGCCCAGCUGGCUGAGCAGAGCUGGUUUGUGAGCUGGAGGGAAGGUGGGACUUUGUGUCUGAGGGGUUUCUUUUCUGUAAAUAGUAAUGAUGGGGCUGAGCUGAGCCCCCCAUCUCCUUUCAGCACUAAUCCAUGCUCUCCUGUGUCCACUGGAGGAUUGGGCUGGACACAGUCACUCUGAGAAGUGCCACCAGUGAUAGCAGCUGCUCCAGCAGCAUGGAAGAGAAAGGAGGAGGCCUUCAUUACAUGGACUAAAAUGUGUGAAUAUAUAUAAAUACUUGUAUUUAUAACCCUCUCUAGAUCUGUAUCCGUGUGAACAGUGUUAUUUACGAAGCUAGCAGAUAACUUUGAAGGAAUAAGGCAAACAUGGCAUGUGCUGUCUGGUCUGAGGGUCCAUGGACUAUCAUGGACCACUCGAGCCACCUCUUGCUCUCUAUGUACAGGUUGAGGCUCUGAAUGCUGUCUCAGAAAAUUAAGUUGCUAGUGAAACCGUUUGUUUUAAUCCCACAGGAAUCUUUCCCAUUCCUCUUGUAACCUGCUCCGAUUAGUUCACCAGUUUGUGCCUUUAGGACUUUGUUUUGUGCGGAUGCUGAUUUUUCAUUGGAAAAUACUCUUCCCUUUUUAAUACACUGCCUUUAAUACACAGUCUUCCUCCUUUGGCACUAGGAAGCGUAGAAGCCAGAGGGUUGUUGUCCAGGCAUAGUCUGGUGUGAAGGAGAGUGUCGGCAGGCUGUGUCCCUUGGAGCAUCCCUUGGAAUGCACUUGGACUCCAGUGGAUUUGGUGUGGAGUUUAGGAAGACAAAGGUGGGCCUUGGAGAGGAGAGCUGGGGAAGGAUGCUGGGGUGCCAUGUGCUGUGCAGAAAAUGCAGGGUGGAAGAAGUCAGAGGAUGCUUCUGGCUGGCAUUCCCUGCCUGCAUCUCCUUCCCAAGGUGGUAACAGUUGUGAUGAAGAACAGGGAUUGUUUGUUCUCCCCAGCAUGGUGUGGAGAGGGAAGACACAGGAAUUGUUUGGAUCUCUCUCUGUCCAUUUUCUGUUUGUAUUUCCUGGAGAAAAGCAGGUUGAACACACAGGUGCUUCCAUCCCAAAGCCGUUGCUCAGGAUCACUGCUUGGGAUGCUCAGCACUGCUGAGUUUACUGCAUUUCUGAUCCAGUGACAAGAACUUGGAAGCCACACUGGUGGCUUUGGCAAAGUCAUGGUUUCUGUAGCUCUGUCACCCAUUUCCAAAGGACCUGAAGUCUAAAACUCUUUGCCCAGAGCAACCUUAGACCAGAGUGCUCAGGGUGUCUCAUCCCAGCAGGGUAACAGAUAGGCUCUGUCACCUCAACUCAAUGCUGUAACUCUUCAAUUCAAAUGGUCUCUUUCUCUCUUUUUUAAUCUUGAGAUAAGGCUGGUUGUCAUCAGCAAAAGCCUUGGAAACUUUACACUCUGAGAACACUCAGGAACAUUUUUGGGAUUUAUAUACCAAUUAUCACUGCAGAGUAUAAACAAAUUGAACAAAUGCUUUCUAUUUCCCUGGCAAUUUAGAGGCCAGUUAUCUGUAUUUAUCCAGGUAGAUAUGAUCCCUCCUGACAGAGGAAACCUGUAACUUACCAGGAACAGAAACCUCAUCUGUCCAACACCCCAGGGAUGUGCCCUUUGGGCUAUAGCCCCUUUCCCAGUCGCUCCUCUGCAUUUUUUUCCUGUUUACUUGUAAUGCAAAGGGAGUGACAGUCCAUGGCAAUCCACGUAAGGUCUCAUUCCUGCGCAUUCUGUAUCCCGUUUGUGCACAUUCCGUAUCUCUUACACCUCAGUGCUGUGGUUUCCCCCCUUUCCCACGAUGUCAGCACAGGAUGCAGCACUGAGAGGAGUAUUUUAUGAGUCCUGCUGUCAUCCCUGUGCACAGGGAGAGCUGACGGGCUCUAGUGCUGUUUAAGGACUGAGAUUUCAGGGGAUCUGUAAGGGAACCAAGACAUGUACUUUGCUCCUAUUUUGCUCAGGACCAAACUUGCUGGGACCACCAGCAGCUCCUGGCCGCCUGCCCCGACACUGGCACCCAUUAACACAGGGGUUCGCACACCCUGUUUGGCCUGGCUGGUGCAGUGCCAGGCUGUGAGUGAUGGAGAGCUGAGUUAUCCCUCCUGCAAUGGCAUUCUGGUGACUGGCAUGCUGGUGACGUAGGUAGGGUAAGUCUGCCAGCGGUUUUGCCCAGUGUUUCGUGGUGUGGUCACUCAGCUCUUUGGUGCUCAUGUGUAGGAUCCCACUGGGAGCUGUUGGAGGUUUGGUGCUUCCCAUCGCAAUAUUGGCAGUUGGCUCCACACUCACUUCCUGAAUCUCCUUACCCAGAUUCCAGCUCUUCUGAGCACCACCUAAAACACACAGUUUCUUGUGCUUUCUUGCUUUAGGAAAAGGUGGACACCAGUAUAUUGAAGCAGCACAUGUGGCAGAGCCAAUAGCUUGGAACUCGGAUUCAGCUCCCAGGCUGCGCUGGGUGUGGGGCUCUGUGUGUGCUGAUACUCGAGGUGUUCAUCGCUGUAAAACAACAUCCCUUUUUCAACUGCUAAAAGGGAUCAGAUAAAUGAGGGUGUUGGCUGCAUCUCUUCCCAUGUCCUGCCUCACUCGAGGAGUGAUAGAAGGUGAGCUGAGGACUCUCCAUGGGCAGCUCAGUCAGGGCACAGUGUUCAGCCAAGACCAGCUCCCCUCCCUUGUGGUUUGUCCAGUAACUAAUGAUGACCCUAAAGGGUAGGCAUUCCAUAUCUCCCUCCUAUCCUGAAAUAAUCAGGAGAGGUGGAUUACCUCAGCACCAAGGGAAGUAGUUUGUGUUUGGAGGAAUGAGGCUUUGCUGUACCACAGGCUCCUGGGAAGGUUGUCAUAGAAUCAUGAAAUAUCCUGAGUUGGAAGGGACCCACAAGGAUCAUCAAGUUCAGAUCCUAAUGGUUAUGGGCAAAGUGUCUUUCACUUCACAUCAGUGUCAGUAAUUUGUCACUCUGAGAAUUGUUCCCCUGGUUUAUUGGGUUUUCUUUCUUUCCUCAUCAUGAGUUGAUGUUGCCUGUUCUGGCCUACAGAAAGAGGGAAGAAGCUUUCUGGAUAAAUUCAGCCCAAAAAAGGGUUAUGGAUUCAUGCAAAAAACUUCUUGGUCGGUACUUAUUAGUGGGUGACCUGGCAGAGGUGGUUCCUCUUGUGUCUGUUUGCAUCUGUUGUGGUUUGUGAGGCUGGAGGGAAGGACUGGCUGUGGUUUGGGCCCCUUUGGGAUCUUUUAGCAAUGGUAGACAGUCCUGUUGGAUCAGUCUGUGGGGACUAGAAACACUUUCUUUUUUACCUAAAAUGCUCUCUUUUGGAACACUAUUUUGGUUUUGUAUUUUUUCUCAGAUUUUUCUUUGUAAAUAUGUACAUUUAUCAUUAAUAAAUGCUAUUGCAAAUCA